CAAACGGCUUACCAGUCUGGUUUUGUGUUUCAAUGCGCGCGGGUCGCGAGCGCGUCGGCACACGACGAGCCCAAAAAUCUUCCAUCGAAAAAGAUUCUUCUAUUAAAAUCUCUUUCGAUAAAUACUUUUUUGUAUACUGGCCAAUUGACAUGCGAUUUGCUUUUAAAAACCAGUGUUUCGAAGCGGGAAACUUUGUUUGAAGUUUGUUUUAAAAGUUUUACUUUUUUCGUUAUUUUCGGUUAGCACUUUGAAAAUGUUUUGUGAUUACAUUGUUAUGUUAUUGUUCGGUUAUGUGUUUAUUGUUUAGUGUUUCGGUUACGUUUUGAGUUUUGCGGCUGGAGGUUUUCGGUUAUUUUGGAUUUUGCGGUGUGGUUGGUGGUGUGGUUUUUAACUAUUUGUGUGAUAUUGGAUCUCUGGCGUGAAUUCUCCUGCAAUAUGAAGCUCAUUUGGAAAGUUUUGUGUUCUCUACUGCUGCUGGUUCAGGCUGUUUUGUGCAAUUGGUGGAACCUCGCGGCCCCAAUAGCGACGUCUCUCAGCAACAACUCCCUAGAAGCGGUGACAACACUUCACAAAGACAACUGCCAUAGGCUGGAGUACCUGGUGGAGCGACAGAAACAACUGUGUCUACUCUCUGAUAAGACGAUACAGGUGUUGCAGACGGGAGCCCAGCAGGCGGUAGAGGAGUGCCAGCACCAGUUCCGCCACAGCCGGUGGAACUGCAGCACGGUGGAAAACUCCACUGAUAUCUUCGGUGGAGUGCUCAAAUUCAAGUCCCGUGAAUCAGCGUUCGUGCACGCUUUAUCAGCAGCUGCGCUCGCGCACGCCGUCGCCCGCGCCUGCAGCCGCGGCGAGCUCAACGAGUGCUCCUGCGACGCGCGUGUCAGGAAGCGCACACCGAGGCACUGGCAGUGGGGUGGAUGCUCUGAGGAUAUACGGUAUGGAGAGAUGUUCAGUCGAGAUUUUGUGGACUCCAAGGAAGAUAAGAAUACUGAUGAGGGCUUGAUGAAUCUUCAUAAUAAUGAGGCGGGGCGACGGGCGGUUCGUAGCCGCAUGCAGCGCGUGUGCAAAUGCCAUGGCAUGUCCGGUUCCUGCUCCGUGAGGGUCUGCUGGCGUCGUCUGCCGCAACUUCGUAUGGUCGGUGACUCUCUUUCGACUAGAUACGAAGGUGCUUCGCAUGUCAAGAAAUUGAACUUAUUACAGGUUGUGGAGCGCAAACGAGGGAAGAAUAUAAGGAAACUGCGCCCCCUACAUGCAGACAUGAAGAAACCGAACAAAACUGACCUCGUCUUCCUGGAAGAUUCUCCGGAUUACUGUGAACCUAAUGACGAAUUGGGCAUUCUGGGCACCCGUGGUCGAACCUGCAACCGGACAUCAGCUGGUCUCGACGGAUGUCGUCUGCUCUGCUGUGGUCGAGGAUACCAAACUAGGGUUCGUGACCACGAGGAGAAGUGUCGUUGUCGUUUCGUCUGGUGCUGUCGAGUCCACUGCGAGAUCUGUCGGUAUAAGCGUGACCAUCAUGUUUGCAAUUGAAGUCUUCUUCCUAACACCUUAAGUAUUUUAUUCUAAUUCAGUGUCCGGAAAUGAAUGUGAGUCUCUCGAUUUUCCAAGUAAUGUUAUUGCGUUAAAGGCUGACGAUAUUAUUAUUGUAAUGAUAAAAUCAGGUAUCAAAAUGCACAAUAUUUAUCUUGUUUACUUCUAAACCUUCAGUUUUCUUAACUUAUUCAAAUAAAAUUGUUUACCGAUUGUGUGAAUGUCUUUUAUAAUGAAAUAAAUCGACUGAUCUUCAAUUAAGUUUACGAUGCCGCUUUUUGUACUUGGUGAGGUGCGUCUUCUCCAAUUCUAUGUUGUCCAUAAUCAUUAGAUUUGUCUAUGCACAAGCUAUCCAGGUAUUAAGUCAAUAUUAUUAUAGACUUAAAUUGUACAAUAGUUCGAAACGUAGCGUUCUGAAAUUGUCUACUUGACAGUUUUCGAAUAAGUAUUUUUUUUUAAAUUAAAACGCUUAUUUUAUACCUCUUAAAAUAUUUUAUUUUCUCAAUAAAUGGUUGGUCACGUGAUAUUUUCACAAGUGACGUCAUAUUUUAAUAAACAAUAUAAAUGUCAAACUAUGCGUCAUUUCAAGUGACUUGAAACCUGACAGAUAGUUUUUGUUUAUUUCGUGAAAUGUGACGUCACACGAAAUUCAAUCAUGGCCGCCCGUGUCUUGUAAUAAGUACACAGAUAAAAAAUCGCAUUCUCAUCUUGUAAAAUAAAAUAUUGAAAAAUAGAUAUUGGAUAAUAAUCGUUAAAUAUUAAACUACCAUUUCUGACAUAUUUCUUAUUUUAUUGUUACAACUGUCAAGUAGCGGAUUUUAUUUGUAUUGAGGCUAAAUCAUUAUCUAUGUUUAAUUAAUUAUUACUAUCUACGAUUGUUUAUCAUACGAUCCGUCUUAUGAUUGCCAUUUUCGAUGAAAUAUUUCAUUGCAAUACUUCUUGCUUUAUCUAAUUUAUUAAUUUCAUUAAAUACUUAAUCGUUCGUCAAAUUUAAAAUUGCAAUCGACUGAUUUAUUCUUAAUUAUAUUAGAUUUUAUUUCUCUGGAGAUAAGCUUUAAAAUUAUUUACAGUAUUACUAACUUAUUUAAUUUUAUGUCUAAUUUGUAUAAAGGUGUAAAUAUUUCUUUUUUAAGUCGCUGUGGUAGUGCAACAUUAGUUUUAAGUUAAUUUUAAUUUAAAUAAGUUUCGUCAACUUUUCUGAAAGUGUAAAUAUUAAGGAUUUUAUGUACUUAAUUAGAUGUAGAUGUUUUAUUUCUACCUCAUGAGCAAAAAUCUUAAAGCCAUACAUGUAUUGUUUUUUGUCGACGCUAUGUUAGCAUAAGUAUUUGAUAAUCGUUGUAAAUACUUCAUUUAUUAUAAGCUAGUGUUAAUAACUUAUUAUAUUAGAUUGUGAUGGCUUUAUUCCUCCUAGAUUUAGGAUGUAUUCAGUCUCUUUGUAGCUCUUCAUGUCUAUAGAUGCAUCUUUGUCGUUGGUCGUUCAAAACAUACUUAGAAUAACUUCGAUGUCAUUUGUAAAUACUCCAUUGCGAUAUAAGUCAUAACUGUUUUACGCUGGAUCAAAAACUUGAUUUGUUAUUAUAAUAUUUUUAUGUCUAAUUUACUUUGGAGUGACUGUCUUAUGAACUUUGCUCUAUGGCAGGCGAUAAUGAGUGAUUAGGUGAAAAACGUCAUUUCCUUGCAUUGAAAAAAAUAUUUUAUGCAGUAAAAGGAAAUAUUAAUUUAAGUUUUCUUCCUUUCAAAUUCUAUCUUUGUAAUUGUAAACAACUUUUAUAGUAUAAACAUGGGUUAAGACACUUUUAUACUGAUUCAAGAGUAAUGAUAAAGUAACCAAAACAAAUACAGUAAGUUAGUACUUAUUCAAAUAAUUCUUAGGAUAUUUAUGAAAGAGUCAACGCAAGGACUUUUAGCCUAACUUUGGAUAUGAAUAGUUAUUCCUCGAUGUAAAUGACGUAAAAUAAAUGUAUUAGAAAAUA